AUGCCACAACUGGAAACAAUGGAGAUUUGGAACGGAAGAAAGGGGUUGGCGGCGCUCUUCAAGUAUCAGGUGUUCCGCGAUACACAGGAAGCUACAAUCACUUGGAGAGGUACCUGGAGAUUUACUAUGGAACCUUCGAUAAUGCAGGCUUGGGAAGCCGUUAUAUCUCAGUGUGACGGUUACAGACUCAAUUUGGUUCAGGAACGGCUGGAUGAAGCUGCUAUUAAGUCUCACGGUGAUGCAAUUCACUAUCUAAUGCUUUCAAGCCAGGUCAUUCGGCCUAUCUCGUUGCAGCAGAUUCAGAUGGAACAGAAAUUUCCAGAGGGCGUGCCGACCUUACCUUCAAGUGAAGUCUUGCUGGAGGUUGAAAUCUCUUGGAUUUCAUCAUGGUCCAAUCGAGCUGAGCAACACUUCCAAAGCACCGAGUGUUCAAGGUGGGCUACAGAAGUAUGA